AUGGAUUAUAAACUGUAUUGUUAUAAAAAAGACAACGGCUCUUAUUUAUUACACUUUUAUAAUGAUAAAGGACUACACUUAAGCAAGGUUAAAGAAAUGUUUUCUGCGUUCGGUACAGUUUUAUCUGUGUACAAUCGUGGAGAAGUCAAUGGGUUAUGUUUUGUAAUAUGUGCAACCUUUGAAGAUGCUAAACGUUGUCUGGAUGGCAUUCAACAUGAAGGCAACAUUAAGGAUAUAAAUAAAAAAGAAAAUCCUAAACAAUUAGCUACAUGCAGCUCAAAGGAUGGAAGCUUGGAUUCUGUCAGACUUUUUGCUAGAAGUGGACAAAAAUUUGGAUCAAACAGUUCAAUUUCUUCGAUACACAGUGAUAAAACUCGAACAAGAUGUAAAAACAUAUUUGAUAAAACGGACAUUCCAGCUCUGAUGCCUGUUAACAAUACUCCUAGAAUAAACAGUUAUCAAUCACCUUCGUCUUCUGUAAAGGUUAUUCCAGCAGAAGAAAUAAUUGUAGCUAAUAUUCAUCCAAGUUUAAGUGUACAUUAUAUAUUACAUCUUUUUGAAAAAUAUAAUCCUAUAUCCGUAUCACAUAUGAUGAUGACACCAAUGUCAAAAAUAAGAUACUGUCAUGUUUACUACGAAACAUUUCAGAAAGCUUUCGCAACUAUGCAAGAAUUUGAUACGUAUUGCCUAUGUGGAGAAAAUCUCAUUGUUUUAACUAAAAAACGCUUGAUUGAAGAAGCUGUUCAAUUAUGA